UGUAGUCUCUGGCAUCACUGGAAAGUGCAUAACUUAUGACUGCUCUAAUCUGACUUUUUUUUCUCCGGAGGCUCGAUGGACAAGAAAUCGGAUAGAACUUUCGGUUCUUUGAAAUGUGUUCUGCAGGAACGAACUCGUUGCGUUCUGUACUUGAUAACCGUCGCUUUCCUAGUGUUGAGCAUCGUGUAUAUAUCUGUCGCGUUCGUCUCGAUGAAGCAGCAACUAUCUGAGGUAAAGAAAGAGCUUAGAGCGAUUAAAGAUUCAAGGACGAGUCUUGGAGAGAAAGAUCCACCUUCGAGGCGUAAAAGGAGAGCUAGCAACUCGCAAAUUUCCGAGCUUGUCAGGAGAAUUGCUUUACUGGAAAGCGGGUAAGGAAAUCCACGGUUAGAGUUGAAAUGCAAAUUUAAGAUGCAGUAGGUAAGCUUCCUCAAGCCUUGUGAACUGUCUAAAGGCGGAGUUUAUUUAAUAGCACAACUCAUGCCAGUGUAUAAAGAAACUCUUAAGAAUUUGUAUUAAUAGAGUCGAUAUGAAGGUAGAUUUUACGCCCAUAUCAAAGUCAUAUCUCUCAUCAGCAAAGGUGCAUGCAUUUAUUUUAUUUUAUUUUAUUUUUUGAUUCUGCUAAGGNAUCUGAGGUAAAGAAAGAGCUUAGAGCGAUUAAAGAUUCAAGGACGAGUCUUGGAGAGAAAGAUCCACCUUCGAGGCGUAAAAGGAGAGCUAGCAACUCGCAAAUUUCCGAGCUUGUCAGGAGAAUUGCUUUACUGGAAAGCGGGUAAGGAAAUCCACGGUUAGAGUUGAAAUGCAAAUUUAAGAUGCAGUAGGUAAGCUUCCUCAAGCCUUGUGUACUGUCUAAAGGCGGAGUUUAUUUAAUAGCACAACUCAUGCCAGUGUAUAAAGAAACUCUUAAGAAUUUGUAUUAAUAGAGUCGAUAUGAAGGUAGAUUUUACGCCCAUAUCAAAGUCAUAUCUCUCAUCAGCAAAGGUGCAUGCAUUUAUUUUAUUUUAUUUUAUUUUUUGAUUCUGCUAAGGCGCACAGUUUCUUCUUUUAAAUUUUGCUGCCCAGACUGGUGAAUAGAUCAAAACAGACUUUGUCACGCUAAAUUUACGAACUUUAAAAUCGGACCUCAAUAAGGCAACUCUAUCUGCAUCAGUAGAAAUGGACCUCAAAGUUCAGUAGCCGAAUUCGAAUACCACACCCCUCAAAAUUGCACUGUAGUAAACCCGAAAGACUGGAUAUUUCACCGACAGGAAGGUUAGUAAUGAUAAUUAAGUUUAUCAGAAAGAAAUUUGACCGUAAGAAGACUUAACUUAACUUUGAGAACACUCAAGGUACUUUCUUGCUUCUCACAUACAACCUUAAUAAAAAAAAAUUGACCGAAUCCAUCAGGAAAUUGAGUAAUUUCAAUUAUUAGUGGACAAAAACCUUGUACCAAAAUAACUUAAUUCAAGGGCUAUAAAAUGAUAAUUACUAGUUAGCUGUAAUAACACCAAAGACUGUUUCUCACAGGAGCCCGAGAAAAUAAAUGUCAAAUUUCACAUGAAUUGUGAAAACACAGACAAAAUUCUUAAAAUUUCAUGUGUAAGAUGUCAUUUUGUGAAAUUGGACAUUCAUUUUCUUGGGCUCUCAUAAGAAAUUUUCCUUGGAGUUAUUACAGAUAACUAAUUAGAUCUAUAGCCCUUGAAAAAUGUAAGCAAGAAUGCGAUAUUGAUUAUUCCGGUACAAGAUUUUUGUCCACUGAAAAUUAACAUUACUCAAUUUCCUGAUGGAUUCCGUCGUGAGCUUUUUUUUAAAGGUAAAAAUAUCUUCAUAUUUCAGUCUCAACUUAUUUUAAGAUAUUUCUAUUUAUUUAGUUUACAAUUCUUCCCGGUGCAUUGAUAACAAGCACACGCGCAGACGAGAUUUUGCCCUAGAUCCCGUGCUGGCCUGUUGGGGUCUGUUGAGAGGUCGAAAAGUUACUUAAUAAGCUAAAAGUGGUGAAAAAAAAUGUCUAAGUUCAUUUAAUUUAAUAUUCGCCUUACACUUAAUUUACAAAGAAGACUGAGAAAAAAAGGGUACCAAAACUACUAUAUGGCGAAAUAAUAGAGGAGAGUCUUUUGCGUCAGGACGCUAAGGGGGUGAUGAAUAUUCGGGCACGUUCCUAUUCUAGCGCAGCGUGUGUUUGAUCGUACAUGCAUGAUUUUAAUAGAUUCGUCUAUAAUGCAUAAAAUUCAGUUUGUGACAGUUUUGGGGCGUCAAGUGCUGCUAACAGAAACUGUUUCUCUGUCGCCUUUUUAUAGUUCCGUGAAAAUUUCCAACGGUACACGCGGACAGGCAUCACUUCCAGGUUUGUAAACGUUAGCAUUGGGUGGGUGGGAGUGAAACAUAUUAGUGAAGUAUGUACAUAUUUGCAGCGCCCAGGACUAUGUUAGGAAAUCCGGAUUCUGGAAUCAAGGAAUUUUUGCUUGGGGAAUCUAGAAUCCUGGCUUUAGAAUCUAUAAUACUGCUCAAGAAAACUGGAACCCCUUGGCAUCUGAAAACUAAGCCACUAACUAGGAAUCAGUCAUUCAGUACGCCAGGGCGAAUUGUAAAAUAAUGAAACACAUAGUAUACGUACUAGAAAACAUUUACAAUUACAGGACAAAAAAGGGGCGCUGGGGCACGAUACGGACACAUUAUACAAAAAAACAAAAAAGAAAACAAAAGAACCUUGAAGGAUGGCAAACGACAGGGGACCUUAACAAGAAAGGAUAUUAGUUUUAUGAAUAAUGUAAUCUCUUUUUUUUUCUUGCCCCUCCAUAUCUUUUGCCAUCCAGCAAGGUUUUUUUUGUGCCUUGUGAUUGUAUCGCGAUACAAAGGGCCCAUUAUCUGCCUAAACAUACGCUCGGUUCAAUCUCGUAGACAAACGCACAAACUUUGUGGGCUGUAAAUUGUACUCGUUUUCUGCCGUUUAACAGAAUAUGCUUACGUGCUACAUUUCGGUCUGCUCUGUAGCUUUUACCUUACACUUCUUGUUUUGUUAUUUUUCACAGGGCGAGAUGGGAGAGAUGGCAUGCAAGGACCUCCCGGAACGCCAGGUAAGUCUUGAUAUCUUCUCUACAGUCCACGAAACCAAGCUCGGGUACCAUAAUUGGAAAACAAAAACAUCCAAAGUGGUAUUCAUGAUAAUAACGAUGACAAUAACAACCAUCCUAACUACCACAACGCCAUGUUGGAUGAGCUCCAACAUGGCGGACAGAAACCAACAGAAACAUCUGUUACCCAGUUUUGCUACAAAAGCUUGAAUUUACUCCUAGUGGAACUCACAAACAUUAAAGUAAUACUUUUUCUAACACUUGAACUGAUUAGAUAGCAAAAUUCUUCGAAAAAGGUCACUUUUUUAACCUUAAUGACAGCUCUCUCGGCCGUCAUGAAAAUGCUGCGUCACGCAACAGCUUAGAAAUUCAAGCGUACUUUAUUACAAUACCAAGAACCCUUUUGAAGCGAAAAUUUGUUUGAAAAUUAGUUUUCAGCUGCUCUAAUACACCAUGAAAGUAAAAUCUCGGUUGGAUCGAUAGUAUUGUAGUUUGAAUUUUAGUGACGUCAUGUGAAGACCACCAAUAGGAUCACCACGGACAAUAAUAAAAAUACCCAUAUUAGGAUGAGGAUUGUAAUGUUAAUAAUCAUCGCCACGAGGGUCAGUGACGAUCAGAUGAUGAUGACAAUGAUGAUGAUGAUGAUUAUGACAAUGGGGAUGACGACGACAACGACGACGUCGAAGACAACGACGACGACGACGACGACGUCGAAGACAACGACGACGACGACGACGACGACGACGAUGACGACGACGACGAAGAUGAUGAUGAUGAUGAUGAUAAUGAUGAUGAUAAUGAUGAUGAUAAUGAUGAUGAUGAAGAAGAAGAAGAGGCGCUGUGUUCCGUGAAACUGGUCAUGAAGUAUAUUUUCAUUAAUGUAGGCAAAAAUAAAUAAAUGAUUGAUGGUAAAUAGAUAACUUUAAAGUAAAAUUAAAAGCGACAAACUAUCUCUCAGAUUCCCUCUUACAUCGCGUUUACCAUUUACUCUUAAUUAUUUAGUUAGCGAGUUUACAUAGGCGAUAUUAUAAGGAAACAUGUUCAACAAGAGAAAUGAAACAUUCAUCAACUUUUAGGAAGAGAUGGUAGAGACGGAAACCAAGGACCAGCAGGACCACGAGGACCGCCAGGGCCAAAAGGUAGAGGAACAAGAAUAAUACAGCUGCUGAGUGAAAUAUCUUGUUUAUUAAGCCGUAUAUGACACCUAUUUUUCAAUGCUCAUAUUUUUAGUGUAAGCUUUUUUCUUAAUGUAGAAUACAAUAAACUAAAUGAAACGAGGCUUAGAACUUAAAACAGUUGACCAAGACGAGUUAUGAACGUGGUUAACUUUCUAAGACUUUGGAUUGAACAAGAAAAAAAUUAAUAUUGCCCUUUUUCGCUUAAAUUUUCGAUUCGCAAUCAAGGGUGUCUAAAUUAAGCGGGUUAAACUCAAGGGAAAUGUAAAGGCUUUCCCCAUCGAUAAUAACGAGUUGUCCGUAUUAAGAGGUACCCAUAAAGUGGGUCCCAGGUGGCAGUUAUCUUCUCCGUAAUAUUCAAUGACGUUAGCAGGUCUCCAUGAUUUUAACGUAAGUGUUUGGAGAGUGCUGUCUCCUAAGUGUAAUUCACGUGAGAACAGUGAGCGUUCAUUACUGAGGAAGACUGUGAGAUAAAGUCGAAAGCUACAAUAUCUGAGACCUUCAGUUCAGUCAAGCAAAAUUUCUCUUUCAAAUUUUAAUUUCAAGGUCCAGAAUGAGCAUUCAUGUGAUUUGUUUUUCUUUGUUUAAUUAGGUGAUAUCGGGCCGGUGGGAAUUCCUGGAGCUCCGGGACCUCAAGGAGAGAAGGGAUCACAAGGAUAUUCGCUAUCAGGCGUUGUAUACAAUAGAUGGGGAAGAAAAACCUGCUACGGAGAUGCCCUGUUGGUGUAUAACGGUAAGAGUGCAGGGCGUUUCCCCCUCUUCCUUAUAUACAUUGUAGAUAUAACACUGGUCUUGACCCUCUUUAGAACUCGAAAAGAACUUUAUUUCCAGCUUUUCUUUUGGGAAAGCAGCUUUUAUUCAAAUUUUGCUCGCCCAGGGCCACUUCCUGACCUUCAAAGUUUUCAAUUUUGUUAGAAGUUGAAAUGCCUGGACUCUUGCCACUGAGCAAGUAAGCUUUAAAGGUUUGAGAGAGGGGGUGAAUAGGCGAACGGAUCGGUGGAUUUUGAAAAUAUCUUUGCCCGGAUUUCGGAUUCAAAGCGAGAUUUUAACGGAUUUCCGGAUUCUGCAAUUCCAGCAGAUUGCGGAUUCAUCCAUUUUUUGGGCCCGGAUUUUGGACUUUGCGUGUAAUAAAAGUAUUUUUGCCCAGAUUUCAGGUUCAGGCGAAAUUUUAACGGCGGAUUUGGUUAAUAAAACAUAACGGGUCGGCGGAUUUGCAUACCCCUAUUCACUCCCCCCUCUUUGAGCAAGUAAGCUUUAAUUCAACUCGCCUGCCUGUCGAAUAAACUCGAAUAAACAAAAUGUCUUUGUUGUUGUUGUUGUUAAUAGGAGUCAUGGCCAAUGGUCAUCACAAUUUGCAUGGUAGCGGCUCUAAUUACCUUUGUCUUCCCAACAUCCCUAACCAUGGCAAGAACAACGGCGGCUGGCAGGGCACUGCAAUACACAGUACCGAGUACGAGUCAGGGAGCUUCUUGGGAUCUAUCCAAAGCCUUACAAACCACGAUGCUCCUUGCGCUGUUUGUUACGUCACGUCACGUGGUUCGCAAUUAAUGGUCCCUGGAAGAAACAAGUGCCCGACGGGAUGGACAAAAGAGUACGGCGGAUACUUGAUGUCAUCGCAUCACGACCAUAAACACGGCACCGAAUUUGUUUGCGUUGACGUGGAUGCUGAAGUUGUACCGGGGAGCCAUCGCGACACGAACGGAGCAUUAUUGUACGUGGUUGAGACUUCCUGUAGUACAGACUUACCGUGUAAACCCUAUACUGACGGCCAUGAGCUGACUUGCGUUGUUUGUACCAAAUAGAUAUCAUUGACACCGUC